AUGGUAUUGCAACGCGACGUGGAAUGCCACGGACGCAUCGUGAGCUCAGUGGUGCGGCUGUGCGGCGGCGGCGACGCGGCCCGCGCCCUCGAGCGACGCUGGCACCUGCUCUACCUGCGUGCCAUCGAAUGGCAGUGUCACCUGGAGGCCUGCCUAGCGAAGACUGACCAGGGUUGCGCGCCGACAGAGGCCGCGAGCGACAGCGACGAGGAGCCAGCCCUGAAGCAGCCGCGGCUCAGUAGGCGGGGCUCGCCGCGCCGUCUGCGUACACCGCAGGCUCGAACCCGGAUCCGCUCAGUCGACAGCCGCCAGUCCGCAUCCGAGGAGGAGCAGGACGAUGUGCUGAGCUGCGCGUGGCGCGGCAUCGGCUCCGACUCGGAUUGGCGCCGCGAGCGCGAGGUGUGCGACAUGGAGCGCGCCGAUGAGCACCUGGUGCCUGACGUGUCCGUCACCGACGGCAGGACCGUCUCCGCCGCGAUGCGACGGCUGCACGAGCUCAGCGCGCAGGAGACGGAGACGAUGAACUUCCACGAGCCGCCGCGGACGCCGCCCACGGUGGUGAAGAGGAAGAAGCCAGUGAACACGUCCAAGUUCAACCAGACGGAUCGCAAGUCGAGGAACUGCGCUACGUUCUACUUCAGGCACCACGACACGGACUCCGACGGGAGGCAGAUGGUGGAGACGGACGAGAAGUCGCAGGAGGAGUCCUCCGAGGAGGAGUGGACUUACGUCGGCGGCCCUAAGGUGGCGAACGAGGACUCGACGGACUUGAUGACGUCAUCCGUGGAGAUCCAAUGCGAGCUGCCUCUCGACGAGAGCAAGGGAGAGAUCCCGAAACCCAAACUGGAGUCCCCGACGCCCGACCUGUUGAAGGUGGAGGCGAGGUGCAAGGACAUAGAGAGGCUGGUGAUACAAGCCGAGGAGCUGGUGCAGAAGCAGGCGCAACAGCAGAUGAAGAAGAAGGGAUCGAGGAGCCUCAAGCCGCUGAUGUUCGACGAGGAGGGGAAGUCGGUGAGCCGCGUGAAGAUGUCCCGGAUAAAGGAGUGGCUCAAUCAGAGCACGGAAGGGGAACGCGCCAAAAAUGAUAGCAAUCAGGGAACGGAAAACUACGACGCCUCCGGGGAGUACACCACGGAGAGCGAAGUGGACACAUCGUUGACUUCUGAAGAGCGCAACUUGCAUUCGUCUAUGGACAUGAGCACAUCCACUUGUACCGUCACCCCAACCCACCAGGCCAAGGUGCAGCUGCGCAAGAAGCGGGGCGGCCCGCGGCCGUGGUCCGUCUCGUGCCUGUCGCAGCUGCCGGCCGCCCAGCCCGCCGCGGCGGCCAUCGCCCACACGAUGUCCAUCUCCGAGUCGGCGCUGAACACGCUCGCUUCGCCUGCGCGAGUUGCGCCCGCCGACUCGGACAGCAAGCUGCGCGGCAGCUCGAACACUGUCCAGGGCAACGUGUCCAGCACCAACACGAUGACGGAGGCGUGCACCUCGUGCGUGGAGGCGAACGAGAAGCAGUGCUGGCUGCGGCGCAAGCGGCUCAAGCUGCGCAGGCACAACGCCCCGGAGCGGCGCGACAGGCUCGUCAAGUCGCUCUCCUUCUGCGGCCGCCUCAGUCCAGAGCGCGACGAGAAGCACGAGCGCAGCGCCGCCAGCGACCCCGCCACCAGCCGAAAGACCAGGUUCGACACAACAUCCACAUCCGGCAACGACAGCGACGAGGAGUUGAUCAAGAAGCAACUGGCGACCAUCGCCCAUUUGCGCAGGAGCAUCGAGAAGACGCACAUCUCUGUUAAGGAGCCCGACAGUGCCAUCCCCGAGCAGAAUGAGCCGGAGGCGGUGGCGCCCAGCUUCAAACUGGGUCCCGAAGGUGGCCCAGUGAGGCCCAGACUGACCAAAAGCACCGAGAGGGAGAGGUCCUUCCUCGCCCUUAGUCUGGGCGACCCCAGCCAGCUCUGGGACCUAUGCAUAGACAAGGAUUCCGACAUAGACAAGAGCGUGACCGCUGGCACGGAGGAGCACAGCUCGUUUUCAGAGCAAGCCUGGGACUUCUAUCAGGAGAAGUACAACUCGGAGCCGUACUCGGAGGCGCCGGACUCGGACGCGGCGCGGCGGCUGCUCGAGUUCGGCGACGACUACCGCGCCUACCUCGACUCGCAGUCCGACUGCUGCUCGAGCCUGUCCGCGCAGCCGGAGCGCGAGAGCAGCCCGGCGCGCCGCCGCCGGCCCGCCGCCGACGCGGCACGCCCCAGGCGCCCGCCCCGCGCGCCCCCCGCCGACGCGCCGCCCCGCAAGCCCCGCAGGUGCAUCUCGGGCGCCGAGCGCAAGCGGAUGCUCCUCGACGGCCUGCACAGGUCGAGGACCGGCGGCGACGGCAGCAAGCGCUCGCCCGAGCUCGACCUGCUCGACGCGCACGCCCGCCGCGGCUCGAACCCCACCAGCGACGAGGUGAACAGCUCGCUCGAGUACGCCGACGCGAACCGGCCCGACAUCCUCGACUCGCUCGGCAGGCGGAGGCACGCCGACAAGGAGGCCGGCAGCGAGCUCAAGAAGGUCGCGCUCUCCGAGCUCAGGCGGAGGUCGACCGAGGGCGCCGACUCGGAGGGGGGGUCCUCGGGCCGCAAGAGGCCCGGCGGGGGCUGGGGGCGCGACUCCGACUCGGAGGCGGAGGAGGUCCGCUCGCUGGUGCGGAGGUCCGGCGCGCAGCUGGAGGCGGCGGAGGCGGCGUUGGCGCGCCGCGACGCGUCUCCCGACCUCCUGCGCGCCUUCGACUACACGGAGGUCGUUACGAGAUGCCGCGAGAACAUCAACAUGUUGGACGCGGCACUCGCUGACGGCUCCGUUUUGUCGUCCGCGUUGCAAAGGGACAUAAGAGAUCAAGAGCUGUUUGAAAGAAGUCGCUACGGGCCCCGCGCUUGCGUAAUCCGGCCCUGCUAUAAUGCAGAAAUCGUGAACGACGAAAUUUUCGUACGGAAAACGUCGCUUCCGCCGCUGAGUUUCUGCGUCGUGUCCGUUUGCAGUGCGGCGUCGCCCCGAGCGCUUUGUGUAUUCUGGUUUUGGCUGAAAGGUGAAGUGCACAGUAGA